AUGUUCUCCAACGUGCUGCGCAACUCCAGCAAACGCACCAACCUGAAAACAGCAAUCGCAUCGGCAACAUCUUCUCUUUCUCGCCCAACUGUCUCAUCCUAUCUCCGCCACUCGGGCCCUCUCGCCGCUAGCCGAGGCCCCUCCAGGCCAUUUACUGCGAUAUGGCGACCAGCCCAUAUCCUGGAUGAAUGGGUGGCGAAGGAAGCGCGGCCAAUCAGUCUUCGCCAGUUGAUGGUCUUCGGUCGAUCGCUUACUGAGUCACGACUGAUCAGCUCCGCCAACUAUGUGCGCACCGAACUUCCGACCCGAAUUGCUCAUCGUCUCCGCGAUAUGCAGCAGCUGCCAUAUGUUGUUGUCACCAACCCCCACAUAAACGAUGUAUACAACCUAUACUACGAAGCGUUCGACUCCUUUCGAAAUGUCCGCGAGGUCAAGACUCUGGAGGACAACGACCGACUCUGCGAGGUGAUCAGCAGCAAUCUCAAGAAGCACCUGACAGUCAUACCCAAGCUAGCAAUGGGCAUCCUCGAAUGCGAAGGGUUGGUAGACGCAAAAGAGAUGGACAAGUUCAUGAAUACCAUUCUGAAAUCCAGGAUAUCCCGCCGUGUCAUUGCAGAACAGCAUCUCUCUCUCACAGAAACGUACAACUCGCCAAACUUCUCACCUGGCGCAAAGCUUUCCGAGUCCGACUUCAUAGGCGAGGUUUUCGUCAAGUGCAAUGCGAAGGACGCCAUCGAGACAUGCGCAAAAGCCAUACACAAGAUCGCCAAGUCUACCAACCCACCCGAUGUCAAGAUCCCAGAAAUCAAGAUCGAGGGCCACCUGGACACCAGUUUUCCCUAUAUCCUCAGCCACCUGGAAUACAUCAUUGGGGAGCUUCUUCGCAACUCCGUGCAGGCCGUCAUCGACCGUCACCGCGAGCACGGCGACCCAAACACGGACCCCCCGCCAAUCGAGGUAACCGUAGCUGAGGCGCCCCAACACGCUACAAUCAGGAUAUCGGACCGUGGCGGAGGCAUCCCUCGGGAGGAACUCCCCUACCUGUGGGCUUUCAGCAAAGGCCCGCUAAGCAAGCAGCGCCUGAAGAACCUCGGCAAAGUGCCCAAGAUGGCUGCCACCCUCCAGGAACUCCACGUAGAGGAGGAGCUGGGUCGUGCGGAUCUGAAAACCCCGCCUUACCAGAGCUCCUUGACGUCCCUCACGAGCCGGCCGCCUGACCUGCGUCUGGGGAUGGGGCUACCGCUAAGCCGUGUCUAUGCUGAGUACUGGGCCGGGAGCCUUGAGCUUCAUAGCUUGGAGGGUUACGGUGUUGAUGCCUUUUUGCAGAUAUCCAGGCUCGGUAAUAAGAACGAGCAGCUCGCAACUAGGGCAACGAUGGACUCUGUGUAA